AUGGAGAGCUUCUUCGUGAUGAUGACUGUGUGUUUGCUUACCGGUCUUUCUCAAGGUGAGGACAGUCAGAUCCAGAUCACUGAGGUGGUACAGGAAGCCCAGGCAGACAGCUAUAUAGAGAAGCCUGAAACCCAGAAUUUAAACCAAGAGCCAGAAACACCAGUCAUUUUGACAACAAACUCAACAGGAGCCCAUCCUAGCUGUGAACCACCCAUCUUCACAGUGCUUAAGGAACUGGGGGCUCUGAAAGAAAGGCUUGCAGGUACUGUGAGAGCACUGGAAGAAACAAACAAAAAGCUGGAGGACAAUGAGAAGAAGCUGUCUGCACUUAACAGCAAAGUGGCUGAACUAAGUACAGCCAAUCAAGGGCGGCUUCAGGUUGCAUUUUCUGCUGCAUUCCCAACUGAUGAUACCAUUGGUCCUGUAAGUGUUCUUUACCCUCUGGUGUACAGAAAUGUUCUGUUCAACACGGGAGGACAUUACAACCCCAACACAGGUUAUUUCACAGCACCGGUGGAGGGAGUCUAUUACUUCACCUUAAAUUCCUUCUGCUGGGGAGCAAGUAGCGGAAGCUGCGGUGGCAGUUUAUACAAAAAUGGAAACAAGAUAGUCUCAUGGUAUGAGUAUGAUCAAACCAACCCCUCCUCGGCAUCUAACAGCGCUGUCUUGCAGCUACAAGUUGGAGACAGCAUCAAUGUUUGCCUUUGGGAGAAUCGGAGGAUCAGUGACAAUGGAAAUAUGUACUCCUCCUUCAGUGGAUUUUUGCUUUUUCCUGUGUGA